AUGCAACUGUACCUCAAACCACAUCACCCAUUAGGAAUAAUGCGUUCGCUCAUUGAAUCCAGUUUCUCCGGCUUCUCUUGCUUGAAUGUACCAUCUCCCGUCGUUUCCACGCACCAAAAUUUCGAUGAGCUCGGCUUUCCGCCAGACCACCCUGGACGCAGUGUCACAGAUACUUAUUAUAUCAAUAAGGAAACCGUGCUACGAACGCACGCCUCUGCUCACGAGAUUGAAAUAUUUAAGCAAGGCCACGAUAUGUGGCUUCUCACAGCUGAUGUUUAUCGGCGGGACGAGAUCGACUCCAGUCACAGCCCUGUUUUCCAUCAAAUGGACGGCGCUCAACACUUCGCGACGGAUGAAGCAUCGAUGGAUGCUUUACAGGAGGAGAACGAAAGGCUCGGGAAACAGCUGGCCUCGUCUAACAUCAUCAUCGUGGACAACACAAAGGUUGGUCCCACCAACCCAUAUCAAGAAGGCCACCAGCCAAAACAUGCGGAGCUCGUCGUCGGGAAUAUGAAACACUCUCUCAAUAGAAUGAUCUAUAAUUUGUUCUCUACCAGGCGAGACGGGAACUCAGAGCCUCUAAGAGUGAGAUGGAUUGAGGCAUAUUUCCUUUCACGAGUCUUCUUUCAGGGAAAAUGGCUGGAGAUCCUAGGGUGUGGCGUUAUGAAGCAGCGUACAUUAGACUUUUCGGGGUUACCUGACCGUAUCGGGUGGGCUUUCGGACUCGGUCUUGAACGACUUGCAAUGGUUCUCUUCUCCAUUCCUGAUAUACGCUUAUUCUGGUCGAACGAUCCGCGCUUUCUUAGUCAGUUCACACCAGGGGAAAUUACAACCUUCAAGCCAUACUCCAAGUAUCCGCCCUGUUACAAGGACCAUAAAAUCGUGCAUGAUAACGACUUUUGUGACGUUGUGCGGGAUGUGGCUAGAAAUUUAGUAGAAGACGUAAAGAAAAUUGACGAGUUUGUCCACCCAAAAACUGAACAGACGAGCGUUUGUUUUCGGAUCAACUACCGAUCCAUGGAUAGAUCACUUUCAAACGAGGAAGUGAACAAAAUCCAGGCUCAGGUCUCCAAUGCUCUUGUCGAGCGUUUCCAGGUUGAACUCCGAUGA